CCCUUCUGUCGCUAAGCAACCCCGGGACGCGCGACCACCGCACCCGCUGCUGCACUGCGGCACCGGAAAAAGCGGAAUCAACGCAACAGAAUAUUUUUUUGGGGGACGACGACGACGACGUUACAACGACCAUCCCGUAUGCAAUUCUGAUUGAAUGUCUUGUCUGUCCGUCAACUCGUCCCCGGGAUGAUACUGCAGAGAGAAGGCCGUUAGCUCGGUAGUAGCAUUAAGCGUUAAACGUGGAUGACGGCUACUGUACACCGGAACCUCCUAUCAUCCAUCAACUCGUCCCCGGGAUGAUACUGCAGAGAGAGUGCCGCUAGCUCGCUAGUAGCAUUAAGCGUUAAACGUGGAUGACGGAUACUGUACACCGGAACGUCCUAUCAUCCGGACCACAGAAGAAUCAGGUGUCAUCAUUGAAUCAACAUGAGUCGUUACUGCACCCUGAACAACAACUUUCCCAAUGAAAACAACCUCCUGGUCCUGGACAUGGUGCUGAGCUCUCUCUGGAGCGUUCCACAGCCCAUCGACUGGGACAACGUGGCCAUGCUGGUCCCUGGCUUCACACCCAAGGAGUGUGCGCAGAGGUUCGAGGAGCUGAAGAGCACCGGAGGGUUCCAUCACGUGGACGACCAAUGCAACGCGCUGACGGCAGGAGGCUCCUCCCCUGUGGACUAUAUCAAAUCCACACUAUUGGACACCACGGGAGACGUGGGGGAGACGCGGACCAAUCAGAGCUCCAUCUCAGUGACGGGCCUGGCGGUGAACCCUUCCAGAGGUGGCUCGGUGGAGAAGGAGAGCAGGGAGUCUGCAGAGAAGGGCGAGAAGCCCCAGGAGGGGAAAGGGCCCAAUAUGGUGAUCCACGUGUGUGACGAGGCUAAGAACCUGAAGCAGGACUUCAUGUGUCCCCGUGACCUUCUGAUCAACGAGAUGCGUUACUUUGCUGAGUACCUCUCUGUUGACACCCAGCGCUGGGAGGAGGUGGACAUCUCUGUGCACUGUGACGUGCAGAUCUUCGACUGGCUCAUGAACUACGUCAAGAGGCACAAAAUGGCCGUCGAUGGCAACCAUGACAAACCCAAGCUCGAGCCCAGCAAUGUGAUCUCAAUCCUCAUCUCCUCCGAGUUCUUGAAGAUGGACACGUUAGUGGAGGAGUGCAUCCAGUACUGUCACAAGCACAUGAGUGCCAUCGUGGCCACACCCUGCAACAUGAACUGCAUCAACAGUAACCUGGCAGCGGACAUGUCUGACCUCUUCAGCCACAACGAGGCAGACGACAUCACGGACAGAAAAGACAAGUUCAAAAGUAAAUUAUUCCAGAAGAAAAUUGAGUGUCUCUUCGAUCCUGACUAUAAGAACCGGGACUCCCCAGGCAACGCAUCAACUCUGUACAGGUGUGGUCUGUGCCUGAAACUGCUGACCAAGGACACAGAGCGGAAGAUCUCCUGCAUCCCAGGGAAGAUCAACAUCAACCCUCGAGGAGACAUCACCUACACUCACAGCAGGCAGAAGAGAUGGGAGGUCUAUGAUCUAUCACUACCUCUGGUCUGUAGGCAGAAGAGAUGGGAGGUCCAUGAUUACAUGACAGGACUGUAUGAGGAGCUGAAGUCCUGGGUGCUGGUCUACUGGAGGAUCUGGGGAACCAUCAACCACCUCACCUGCUCCCACUGCCAACAGGUGUUUGUGUGUGCGGAGCUGUCCCACUGUCGGUAUCACCCAGAGGUUGUGUUGUACCCAGGCAUGGGGACAGAGCAGGGCUGGCACGGGACGGGCAUCUACCCCUGCUGCAACCAGAGGACGCUACGCUUUGACCCCACCGGCAUUCCCAAGGUAGGACCACACUCACACACUGACACACUGAAUCUUGUCAAAACGGUGUGUCUCUGUCUGUCUCAGGGCUGUAAGAUGCGGGACCACAUAGUGAACGCAACCAGACAGUGGAGACUGUACUGGGGACCACCAGGCCUGUAG